GCAAGCGGCUACUCUCGCCGGUCGUUUCAUGCAGCCGCAGUCCAUGUCGAACGCACCUAUUGGUUCAAACCGCAGUCAUCAUACACAAGAGGCGCUGGCUAGGAAACUGACGUUAGCCUGAAGUUAGUCAGCCUCUCAGCUAGCCAGCCAGAGAGGCUGUCGUAUAACAUAACAUUUCUAACAAGGGGAGGCGACAAAUAAGGAAAACAAAGAAGUUGUUGCGUCCAUUUGAACAUCUUGGUUGUCUUUCACCAUCAAGUCAACUACGUGGAAACAGUAAAUAUCGAGUUUGAAAGGUGGACCACUCACUGCGUUGUUGCUCCUGGUAACCGGUAACCAUGCCGUUCCCGUUUGGCAAGUCCCACAAGUCACCGGCGGACAUCGUGAAGAACCUCAAGGACAACAUGGCGGUGCUGGAGAAACAUGACCUAUCUGACAAAAAGGCUGAGAAGGCCUCAGAGGAGGUGUCGAGGAGCCUGGUGCUGAUGAAGGAGGUGUUGUACGGCACCAGCGACAAGGAGCCCCAGACGGAGGCUGUGGCCCAGCUGGCCCAGGAGCUGUACAACAGUGGCCUGCUCAGCUCCCUCAUAGCACAUCUGCAGCUCAUAGACUUCGAGGGUAAGAAGGAUGUGGCUCAGAUCUUCAACAACAUCCUGAGACGGCAGAUCGGCACACGCACGCCCACGGUGGAGUACCUCUGCACCCAGCAGAACAUCCUCUUCAUGCUGCUGAAGGGGUACGAGGCGCCAGAGAUCGCGCUGAACUGUGGCAUCAUGCUGAGGGAGUGCAUCCGCCACGAGCCGCUGGCCAAGAUCACGCUCUCCUCAGAGCAGUUCUACGACUUCUUCAGAUACGUGGAGAUGUCCACUUUUGACAUCGCAUCGGACGCUUUUGCCACUUUCAAAGAUCUACUGACGAGACACAAACUCAUGAGUGCAGAGUUCCUGGAGCAGCACUAUGACCGGUUCUUCAGCGAAUAUGAGAAGUUGCUUCACUCUGAGAACUACGUCACUAAAAGGCAAUCUCUUAAGUUGCUGGGAGAACUUCUCCUGGACCGACAUAACUUCACCAUCAUGACGAAAUACAUCAGCAGACCAGACAAUCUGAAGCUCAUGAUGAACCUGCUGAGAGACAAGAGCCGCAACAUACAGUUUGAGGCGUUCCAUGUCUUCAAGGUGUUCGUGGCCAACCCCAACAAGACCCAGCCCAUCCUGGACAUUCUGCUGAAGAACCAGAACAAGCUCAUCGAGUUCCUCGGAAAGUUCCAGAAUGACAGAACGGAGGACGAACAGUUCAAUGAUGAAAAGACCUACCUGGUCAAACAGAUCAGAGACCUGAAGAGACCUGCACCCCUGAACGCCUGAGUGGGGGCGGGGGGGGACAUCUCCCCCUGAGUGGGUGCGGGGGGCGGUGGGG